GAUAAAUUGCAAAGCAAAUACAGUGACUUUGAGAAGUUUGAUGAGAAAAAAAAAAAUUGGGUUAACAAACUCACAAGUUUCUGAUCUCGAAGACCAACUCAAAGCCAUGGCUACUGACAAAGCUGAAUCACCUCAAACGAAGAAGGAAUAUGACAACUCAUUCGAUUCGAUUCAAACUAAUAUUAAUUUUGGAAAAACAAGCAAGUUUUGGCAGCUACCAGAGGAGUUAGUGGAGAGAAUUUUAUUGAGUUUGGAUGCUGACUCUCUUACAAUUUGUAAGUUUGUUUGUAAGUCUUGGUUCAAUAUGAUUGAAAGACGUUAUUUUGUAAACAAACACCUUCUUGGCAUUGCCAAGAUGAAUAUGGUGAACAUCUUUAUCGGUUGGGUUCAUCUAGAAGAAUCAGCGAAACCCCAGGUGUGCUGUACCGCUUUUCAAAGAUUUUCAAUGAUUUCUUUUUGCGAGGGUGGCCAAGAUGAUGAUGAUGAUGACUACCUUUCUUGUGUCAUUGAAGAAGUGAAAUUUCCACCUAUAUCGCCGCCGGUGAUGGAGGAAGAUGCAGAGGACUUGCCAUUAGGUUGCGUUGUCUUUCAUUGUAAUGGCAUCAUUCACAUUUUUGAUGAGGAAUCUGCAACGUCGGCUAUUUUGUUCAACCCAGCACUCAAAGAAUUCAAGUUUCUAUCUCUACCCGAGAUUCAUGAGGAAUUCGAUGAGGUAUAGGAUGUGGAUUUGGGUAUGAUCCCGAAUCUAAUACUUACAAGUAUGUUAAGAUUUUCGAUCGAGGUGAGGAUUUGGUAGAUCCAAUAGCUGUGGUGCACACUUUAGGAACUAUUUAUUGGAAGUUUAUUACUGAUAUAGAAGUUAAUGCAUGUAUGUUUACCAGAGACAAUGGCAUUUACUGUAAAGGUGCUUACUAUUGGCUGAAUAAUUUGGCUGAUGGGAGGAUUUUUCUUGUUUGGUUUGAUAUGUCUAAUGAGACAUUUCAUAGCAUACCAUUUCCAAAUGAGAUCAUACCAUUUCCAAGUUUUCUUGUUUGGUUUGGUUUGAUUUUUUUUCUCCA